CUCCAUCUUCUGAUUUCUCUCCCAGUAAAGAUUCCUCCUUUUUCUGAUUUCUUGCAACCCAAGCUUGAAAUUCUCUCUAGGAUUACCAGCAAAAACAUCCGAAAGUGAGCCAAGUGACCAUCCUCGAUCCUCAAACUGCAAUACACCGAAUACAUAAUCGGCAAUCGAUGCUGCAGUGUGUUGCAGAUCUGAAUCUGUCUGAUUGUGGUGAUGGGGCUAAAAUUGCCACCAGGUAUCAAACUACAUGCCAAAGGUUACUGGAUUUAUGUCAAUCUGGACGUAUUUCAAUUGCCAUUUCAUUGGCAAAACCUCUCUUGGUUGAUGGAACUGCAAAGUCGCAUCAGAUAUUGCUAGCCUAUGACCGGUUCUCGCUUUUGGAACUUGAACCCCUACUGGUCCUUCAAGAGUUUGUGAAUCAUGGUUUUCGUGGUGUUGUGAGGCGGUGUUCUCUACGGAAUGUGAGCAACUGUGAAAGAGCCAAAGUUGCUGGUGUGUUUCAGUUCCUGAGGGUUUCUUCUGCUUCAUCUUCUCCAGAUGACACUGACUUAGACCCACGUAUUGCUGAGUUACCGCCAAGGUCAUUGCUCGAGACCUUUGUCAAAUGAUUACAAGAAUCUGACUGGUAAAGUCUUGACCUUUGGUCGGGUUUUAAAUGGCGACUGGCUGCUUUCCUUCAACGUAGAUAUGAUCCGAGAACAUGGGAGCAGAGACGUGUUUUACGCCGUCGGCAUCAACUGCUUUCUUGGCAAGUAAUAAACCUUGCUGCGUUCAGAUUUAAAGAGGUUGUCUCUUGUUUCUAUAUUUUGUAGUUUUUUAUUUUAAAUUUUUUAGAAAUCUUUGAUUGAUUUGGAUGAAUUCAAUCUUGUUUUUUCUGU